AUGAGGGAAGUGAAUUUUCUCAACCGCCGGACGCGUCAGCUGCUGUUCCUCAUCUUGGCGGUAACCCAACUCUGCGGCGUCACCACCUGCGUCUACAGCUGGCGCGAGAAGCGCUUUCGUCCCUCCGGUGUCCUGCAGAUAUACGCCGGUCUGAUUCUAUUCGUUGUGUCCUUGCUGUUGUAUGGAAGCUUCAGUGAGAUGUUACUCCAUGUGAGAGAAAUGUGGCCUUUUAUGGUGGGCAGCUACGUGAUGCUCGUAGUUCGAUUUCAAGGCUUUUGGGGCAGAAAGGAUCUCCUGAGGCUCCUAAACGAGCUCCUUGAGGUCUUGGAACAGGUGAAUGUAAUGGCCAGGCAUCCGAAUAUCUUCCAACUGAGGCACCUGCUGCUCCUGAUUCUGGGUCUGCAGAAUCUCCUGCGAUGCCUGCACAUGCUGGUGGACAUCAGCCGCAGUGUCGUCUUCGAGAGUUUCAUCUCGCGUGUGCUCAUUCUUUUUCUGCUGGCCUUCAUGUUGACCUUUCUGCUCGAUAUCAUCAUUAAUCUCUGCCUGUUUGUGGUCCUCAUAGCCAGUUACAAUGAGUUGCAUCGCUGUACUCGCAGAAUCUCCAAUGAUUUGGAUUCACUGAGGCAAUCAAGAGUCCUGGAGAGUGGCCAGUUUCUGGUAUUGGUGGAGCAACUGCAGGCGAUUACCCAGGGAUUAAUUCAAAUUCGAGUUAGGGUCUUUCAGCUGACAGUCGAAAUUAUUGAUCAUUUUCGCUUCCAUUGGCUGUGUGGGCUUAUCUAUGCUUUGAUACCCUUUUUGUGCUUCAUUGCCAUUCAUGGCAAAGACUUUUACUACUUGAGUAUUUCCGCAUUGAAUUUGAUAUUCCACUGUACGGUUUUUAAAAUAAUAUCCUGGGAAUCAAGGACAACAAGGAGUUUUUGCCACUUUCAGAUGAGUAACUAUCACAAGGAGUUGGAUAGAACGGUCGACGUACUGUUGCACCAGGAAAUUAGGCAACCCCUCAAGGUCUCCAUAUAUAAUGUCAUCUUGGACACGAAACUCCUGCUGAGACUCCUCUCCCUCUGCGCCUUUUGGGUCUUUGUGAACCGUCAAGGAUACUUGCUGCUCCAUCGGAAUAUUGUUUAA